AUGUGUGGCAUUUUACUGCAUUAUGCGCCGCUUAAGUCAGAUAAUCAUUGUUUUGUAGAUGAGUACGUUGAGGAUAUAGCUGACGGUCAUUCACAGAGAUCUAAAACUACGGCAUUCUUUGAUUCGAUGGUACCGUACAUAAAAUCGAGAGGACCAGAUUACUCUUCCCUAAGGGUUUCAAGCGAACACAGUACCGCUUGGUACUCGUCUGUGCUGUCACUGAGAGAGCCCUUCACCUCUCAAAGUGUCAAGGUCGGUAACAGAUUCAUACUACAAUUCAACGGGGAGCUGUACAAUCAGGAAAUAACGGCACAUGAUAAUGACACUCAGUUUAUUGUCUCCAAGCUACAAGAAGGCUAUCACGACGUUUGUCAAAUAAUUCGUCAGCUGAGCGGUGAGUUUGCGUAUACAUUAUAUGAUUUGCAGCAGCGAAAGUUCUACUACGGUAGGGACAACGUCGGAAAGAGAAGUUUAAGUUAUCACUUAUCUGCUAUCACAGGUGAGCUGUACAUUUCCAGUGUAAGCGGUGCCAUUCCGGGGUUCAAAGACUGUAUUGCGGGUGUGGUUUAUGUUUAUGAUACAGAGUCCAAAACCUUAGAUGAUUCAAUUAAGCUUGAAUCACAGUACUUCAUAACGAAAAAACUUGAUGAAGAAUUGACCUGUCUCGACAGCACUGUCGAACAGCUUUAUGGGAUGCUCAGUUUAGCUGUGAGAAAAAGAGUCCUCUCCAUACAUCCCUUGCAUCUCGAGCAGUCGCCGGUGGGAGUACUGUUCUCUGGCGGAUUAGAUUGUUCGGUGAUAGCUGCACUCAUAUGCGAGCAGCUGCAAAAGUACCCUGUGUGUAGAAGGACAAUUGAGCUACUCAACGUUGGGUUUGAAAAUCCAAGAACAGGAAUCUUGCCUCAAGAGACUCCCGACAGGAUACUAGCCAAGCGUAGUACCAAGUUGCUGAGAAAGCUAUACCCAGAGAUUGACAUUAGGCUUAUCGAAAUAGAUGUUUCGUAUGAAGACUACCUUAGAGUAAGACCACAUGUAAUCAAGCUCAUGUAUCCUAAAAAUACUGAAAUGGAUCUUUCGAUUGCAAUGGCCUUCUACUUCGCGUCAGGGCGCAUGGGUGAGGUAUGUGACUCCUCCGGCAACAUAAUGCAAUCUUCUCGGAAUGGUAUUGUACUGUUCAGUGGCCUGGGGGCCGACGAGCUUUAUGGUGGGUAUCACAAAUUAGCCAAUAAAUCGCCAAGUGAGCUCAAAGAAGAGCUCACCCGUCAGAUCAAUAAUAUACAUGAUAGAAAUCUAAACCGCGACGAUAAAGUGAUUGCCGAUAAUGGAGUAGAAGUCAGAUAUCCAUUCUUAGAUCAUGAUGUGAUUAAAUUCUCAACUGAAGAAAUCCCAAUUAACUAUAAGGUCAACAAAAUGAUACUGCGGAGACUUGCGUCACAUCAACUGAGUCUAGGCCUUAUCAGUGAUGAGCCUAAGAGAGCAAUUCAGUUCGGCGCUCGAAGCGCUAAAAUGACUAAGGAUGGUAAUAAACAUGGAACAGACCUGUUGUCAUAA